UACAGGCUCUCCAUAGCGCUGCGUUCAAAGAGCGCGCGCACACACAGAUACCCCAGUUCUUUAUUACGAUUUUGUUUUGUGCACUUCUCAACAAAAGAAUCCACCAGUGGACUUGGUUUACUCGGGAGACCGGCUUUCACCAUGAGCGCCGGCCAGACGUAUGAGAAAAAGAUUGCGAGUAUUUUGACCGACCUUCCUGGAUCUAUGAGUUGCCACCCGAACUCCAAGGACUCUCCUACUCUACCAGAGUCUUCGGUGACGGACAUGGGCUACUACAGCGGACAGACGGCCCACGGCCAUCACGAAUAUUACCCGAGUCAGCCGUACGGACAGCCGAUGAACUCUUACCACCAGUUUAAUCUGAACGGAAUGGGAGCUGCUGGAGCAUACGCCACCAAAUCUGAAUACCCUUACACAAAUACCUACAGACAGUACAGUUAUUACAACAGAGAUCACCUACAGGCCUCGCCUCCGAGCUCAGUGAAAGAAGAGCCAGAGCCCGAGGUGCGCAUGGUGAACGGAAAACCGAAAAAGAUCCGCAAACCGCGGACGAUCUACUCCAGCUACCAGCUCGCUGCUCUGCAGAGACGCUUCCAGAAGGCGCAGUACCUCGCCCUUCCCGAGAGAGCGGAGCUGGCGGCUCAGCUCGGCCUCACUCAGACACAGGUCAAGAUCUGGUUCCAGAACCGGAGGUCCAAGUUUAAGAAGCUGUACAAAAACGGCGAGGUUCCACUGGAGCACAGCCCCAACGCCAGCGACUCCAUGGCCUGCAACUCCCCGCCCUCCCCCGCAGUCUGGGAGAACAGCACCCCCCAGAACACCACGAUCAGCAGACCUCAGGUCCCGCAGCCCACGCACAGCUCGUCACCGCCAUACCUGGAGGAUUAUAACAACCACUGGUACCAACAGGGAUCACACCUACAGCAUGCCAGCACCGUGCACCACCCAGUCCCGCAGCAAAGCGUGGGAGCUGUUUAUUAACAAUAACCUAAGAGCAGAUUUAUCUUCACUUUUCCCCACAAAGAGGUCUCUCCACAAUGACUCUGCAGAGCAAAGGCUGACUGGACCUGGAGCAGGCCUGUUGUGAAACACUUGAUUUCUGGAUGACCAAGAGUGUUUCAGGACUGGGUUUACCAUUCACAGAGCACAUAAGGGAUUCCUGAUCACUUGUGGCAGCAUAUUUAACGGACGUCUGGCGUGUUUUUUAAAUUAUUUAUCGCUUCUCUUGUAUUUCCUUCUUUUAUAAACGAAUAUGCAAUUUUUUAAACAAGUAGCCUGACCACGAAACGAAAAUUGACAAAAUUGCAGCUGACCCGUGCUACAUUCAAAUAAUGCAUGAGGGUGUGUAGAGAGAGCGCAAAAAAGAAACUCAGGUCAUAUUUAUAUGGAUGUGUACAAAAUAUCGAAGGCUGUAAAUAUGUGUUUAUAUGCAGAACCACUAUGAUCAUAUUUGUUUAAAACGGAACGACUGCACUGUGGUGCUUCCAAAACCAUUUUAUAUUCAU